CUUCCACUCCCACCUUCUCAAUUCGUGUUAAAUUCAACAAAAACCUAAGCUUGUUUGCUACUAUAAUAAACUAGUUUCAACUAUAUCAAGUAAUUGUGUAAUUCCUUGAAGCUCAUUCAUUGCUUUUGGAUAUGACAAUGUCGGGGCCUUAUACCGUGAAAGUUGAAGAAGCAAGGCCAGCGACGGCCCACAAGCCGUCGGCCGGGCCGGUUUAUAGGUGUAUUUAUGCAAAAGAUGGUCUGCUAGAGUGUCCGGCCGCGCUGGAGUCUCCUUGGCAGUUUUUUAGUGACACUGCUAAAAGGAUUCCGAAUAGCCCAAUGCUUGGUCGUCGCAAGCUCACUGGUGACAAGGGUGGACCUUACAUAUGGCUUACUUAUCAAGAGGCUUAUGAAGCUGCCAUGCGUUUUGGUUCUGCCAUCAGGAGCCGUGAUGUCAAUCCUGGACAACGGUGUGGAAUAUAUGGGUCCAAUUGCCCGGAAUGGAUUAUAGCAAUGGAGGCUUGUGCGAGCCAAGCUAUAACAUUUGUACCGCUAUAUGAUACACUUGGUGCUAAUGCAGUAGAGUUCAUCAUCAACCAUGCUGAAGUUUCAAUAGCUUUUGUUCAAGAGAACAAAAUCCCUGCUAUUCUAUCUUGCCUUCCAAGGUGUUCUUCAAAUUUAAAAACUAUCGUAAGCUUUGCAAAAAUUUCUAGCACACAGAAGAAGGAAGCUGAAGAACUUGGCGUAUCUUGCUUUUCUUGGGAGGAAUUUCUACAAUCAGGAAGCUUGGACUGUGAACUUCCUCCGAAAAAGAAGACUGACAUAUGCACAAUAAUGUACACCAGUGGAACGACAGGAGAACCAAAAGGUGUUGUUCUUAGUAAUGAGGUGAUCAUGACAGAAGUAUUGAGCAUUGACCAAUUGUUUGAGAUUACAGACAAAGGGCGUUCAGAAGAGGACAUAUACUUCUCAUUCCUGCCUUUGGCCCAUAUAUAUGAUCAAACAAUGGAGAACUAUUGUAUCUACAAAGGUUGCUGCAUAGGAUUUUGGCAAGGCGAUGUCCGAUAUUUGAUGGAUGACAUUCAGGAGCUGAAACCAACUAUGUUUUGUGCGGUUCCAAGAGUUUAUGAUCGCAUAUAUACUGGAAUAUCUAAUAAAAUUUCAUCUGGGGGUCUAUUGUCAAAGAAAGUGUACGAAUUUGCAUAUAACUACAAGUUGAGCUAUUUAGAGAAGGGUCUGCCACAAGACAAAGCAGCACCUAGGUUGGACAAUUUAGUCUUCAGUAAGAUAAGGCAAGCCUUAGGGGGAAGGCUACAAGCGAUGUUUUCUGGUGCAGCACCUUUGCCUAGGCAUGUCGAGGAGUUUCUGAGGGUCACUAGUGGAACUCCUAUAACACAAGGAUACGGUCUUACUGAAAGUUGUGGUGGAUGUUUUACAUCCAUGGCCAAUGUGUUUCCUAUGAUGGGAACUGUUGGGGUUCCUUUCACAACCAUCGAAGCGAGGCUUGAGUCAGUGCCAGAGAUGGGAUAUGAUGCACUUUCUAAUUUGCCAAGGGGAGAGAUUUGCCUAAGGGGAAAUACCUUGUUCUCAGGUUAUUACAAGCGGCCAGAUAUAACUGAAGAAGUUGUUGUUGAUGGCUGGUUCCAUACAGGUGACAUUGGAGAAUGGCAACCAAAUGGAGCAAUGAAAAUAAUUGACAGAAAGAAGAAUAUAUUUAAGCUGUCUCAAGGUGAAUAUGUUGCUGUGGAGAGCAUUGAAAACAUAUACUUGCAAUGCCCUCUUAUUGCAUCGAUAUGGGUCUACGGGAACAGUUUUGAGUCAUUUCUUGUAGCUGUCGUGGUCCCUGACCGAAAGGCACUAGAAGACUGGGCAACAAACCACCUUUACGAGUCUGUUGAUUUUAAAUCAUUGUGUAAAAACACAAAAGCAAGGAAAUACAUUUUAGAUGAGCUAAAUAGCACUGGUCAGAAACACAAGCUUCGAGGUUUCGAGAUGUUAAAAGCUGUUCACUUGGAACCAACUCCCUUUGACAUAGAGAGGGACCUUGUUACUCCAACAUUUAAACUGAAGAGGCCUCAAUUGCUCAAACACUACCAGAACCAGAUUGAUGAAUUGUACAGUGAAGCAAAGGGACCAAAGGUAUGAUAAGCUAUUUCAGAAGCUUCAAAAAUCUGAUGUUCAGCUAUACAGAUAUCUAAAAGUUUCCUGCUUCUGGUUCCCAUUAAAUCUUGUUUGUGUACCUUAGUGAAAUAGAAAUCGCGACAACUGAAGUGACUUGGCAUCCUGAUCCUUGUUACUGUUUGUAGAUAAAUAAGACUAUUUGAAACUUCCUCAUAUGAGAAAUUAUGUAAACUCUAUUCAAAAUUAAAAACUUCAAACAUGUUUCCUGUGAUA